AUGUCCCAACAUUGUCGAACUGGCUUUUUCCAGAAGAACAACUCCCUUCUGCAGGAGGCGAUAAUCAAGCAACAGCAACACCUGCUGGGCGCAGAUAGAUCCAAAUACAGUGUUGAGCUGCUGAAAAAAGGCCACGACGACCCCCAGCAAUACGUUGUGUCCUGCAGGCCCACGGUGAAGGUGUUGUCCCCAGAGGACGGGAAGCACAGCAUUGUCCAGGCAGCCAGGCAGCUCUGCCACUCUGUGGAGACCAAGCAGAGGAGCUCCAGGGACAUCGACGUCUCCAUGCUAGACGUCCUCCUCAGAGGUACUGGGGGAGCACUCCUAUGCUCCCUGCCGUCCCACAGAAAGGUGUCGUACGAGGACUUGUUUGGUGCCCUGCAGCGCUACAGUGCCUGUCAGCAGCGCCUCGGACAGUGA